AUGAGCUCCACCCCCUGCACAGCAUGCAACUGGACCCCCGAACGCCAAAACCACUGCAACUACAAAAGCCACCUCAAUGUCUUCUACGAAUCAGGCAACCGAGGCAUCUGGUCAAUCGGCUCAAAGGUAAUCCUGAAAGACCACGGUCCCAACCAUCCAACCCCCGAAGUCCCAAACAUUCACUUCGUGCAGGACCGGACCUCAAUCCCCGUCCCCACUAUCAUAAAAUCCUGGGAGGAGGAGGAAGAAGAUAAACACACCCUCACCUUAAUGCGCCGUAUCCCCGGCGAACCGUUGCGCAAAGACUGGUCAAAACUAACCCCCAAGGAAAAAGAGAACGUCGCAAAGCAAGUCGCCGAGUAUCUCCAACAACUCCGAACUCUCCAGUCGGAUAAAAUCCAAUGUCUCGGUGGCCGUCCGGUAUUUUCCAACUUACUGUUCAAGAAUAAUUCUAGCUCCUCUGGUGAGAUUCUCCGCGGCCCCUUUGCAUCUGAUGACGAGCUUUGGGCUGAGAUGGAGCGUGGGUUGGAUGAGAGGAUUCCCGAGGCUGCGAGGGUACGGCUGCGACAGCGCAUGCCGUCUGCUAUGCCGUAUACGUUUACGCAUGGGGAUCUGACAAUUGGGAAUAUCAUGGUGGAGAGUGGUACAGUUACUGGGGUAAUUGGUUGGGAGAUGGCUGGGUAUUUUCCUGUGUGGUGGGAAUAUGUCGCCACUUCGGUUCCUGAUACUGAGGAGGAUAGAGAGUGGAAGGGGUUGUUGAGACGAUAUAUUCCGGGUUAUAGUGCUGCGCGGGAGUUCUGGUUGGAGUAUUGGUAUUUUUGUAGGGAUUUGGAGGGUGGAAGAGGAAGGGGGUCUUUAAGAAAGAUGGGGGAUGAGAUGGGUGAGUGA